GCAACAAAUGGGUUAGAAAUGAUAGUGACUGGAUAUUGCCAUUCAUCAACGAUUCAACCGACAAAGAGAAUCGGAGCAGUAAAAGAGAAAGAAUAAAUACGUAGUUAGAGAGAAAGAGAGGGGGUGGGUGGAUGGGUAGGUGGAAAAGAAAAAUGAGUGAACGGAGCAGGAGAGAGCGGGAGAAAUUUACUACAUCGAUUCUCCGUUCUGUUUACACGUUACCAUAGCAACCAAAACAUAGAUCGUAACUUUAUAUUGAAUUUAAUGUUCUUAUAUACACUCCAGUGUAAAGUAAAUAGUAACCAGAAUUUUUAGAAACUUUAAUAAUCAUUUAAAGGAGCCUUAAAUGUGCCUGCAGCCCCGUUACUCCGUUUCCAACUGGCAACACAUCCUAAUAAUGCUGUUUGCUCUAUUUAUUUAAAAAAGCAGGGAGAAACCCACGUACUACUUGUGUUUUGCUCAAGUGUCCACAAAGACCCAUUCAGAUCGAACCGAGACUGUUUAUUAAUAGUUGAUGUCGCCAGGAAACCGUCCGUCUUCCUCUCCUCGCCUAACUCAUCCACUUUUUAUCGUCUUUAUUACAUAUUACAACCAGCGGCUGACAUUAUCCUCCGAUUGGUAAAACAAGUACCAGUAACAUACGUGAGUUCAUUCCAUCAGCAAUUCCCCUUCUCUGACGAAACAUUUAUUGGUGUUUAUACACAUCCUGGAAUUUUCAGCAUGCCUCUUCCUCCUCCCGCUCCAGCUCGUAAAAGAACUAAUUCUACCUCAAAGAAGUCAGGAACUAAAAGCAAAAAAGACACCAAUGAUUUAAUUGACAAAGAAAAACUGUAUCAAGAACUGAAUGCGGAACUUGAAGCUCGGACUGCUUAUUUGGUUAGAGAAGCCGAGGGACUAAUAAAAGAUCAACCCGUGGAUGUUUCAGAGAGUAGAGUUGGUUUAAUUAAUCUGGAAACAUCACACAUCACAUCCAACUUGCUGGAUCAUAUAAACCCUGAUGAAUUUCUACAAGACCUUGAGGAUGAGGAUUUUGGUGAUGAUGCAGGAGAUUAUGGUGUAUCUGCCUCGAAGUCUCAGUCAAAGAUGAACUCUGCAGCAAAACCAAGCGUUUCUCCACAUCAACAAAACUCAACAAAACACAAAGUCUCGUCCACAAGGGCCAAACCAACAAGUUCAAAAUUAAACCUGGCUGAUGAUGUUGCCGUUCCUGAUGAAACGUACCUCAACGACCUACAGGACACUUUCCAACAGAUCUCUGACCAACAACAAGCUGACACUGAUUUGAACCCUUCUAUUGACUCCUCACAGCAAGUUGAUGAUAUUCUACCUCCUACUCUUAAUGAAAUAGGCUCAGAAGCCAUAAUUCGUUUUCUAAAAGCAAAGUUAAGAGUGAUGCAGGAAGAAUUAGAAAAUCUAUCACAGCAAUGUGAGAAAAAGGAGGAGGACCGGACAAAGCUUCAGGAGCAAGUGAAGCAAAUGGACGAGGAGCGUAGCCGACUGCAGCGCAUGAGCAGCAAUCAACUCACUCAACUGGAAAACUACAAGAAACUGAUUGACGAUGGUAAACAAAGAAUUGAAGGACUGGAAACCCAAGUAGUUACCCAGAAAAGAGAGUUGGAACAUUUAAAACGAAAUUUUAAAAAGGAAGGUACUUUACAUAAAGCCACAGAUGUGCGUUUGAACCGAGCACUUGAGGAAAUGGAAAAAUAUAAAGAACAAGUUCAAAAGACCAAAACUGAUGCUAAGGAUCACAGCAGUAAUGACAAAAAACGGAUUGAGCAACUUCUAGCUGAGAAUCGGAUGCUCGAGAAGCAAAAAAAUGAAUUGAUGACUGGCUUUCGGAAACAAAUGAAAUUAAUUGAUAUUCUUAAAAAGCAGAAGAUGCAUAUCGAAGCUUCAAAAAUGUUAACUUUUACAGAAGAAGAGUUUGUAAAAGCAAUGGAAUGGGAGACAUAAGUAGUUGCAAGGAAUCUUAUUUAGAGAACAUAAAAGAAAAGGGAAGAAAGAAAGGAAGAAAGAAAGAAAAGAAGGAAGAAAGAAAAAGAAAAGAAGAGAGGAAGAAAGAAGAAAAAAACCUCAUGUCAUUAUACCAUUAUGCUGUCAUACUAUUGUGCUAGUUUACCAUUUUUCCAUUAAACCAUUAUGGAACCAUGGCGUUAUAGCAAAAAGAGCCUGAACUAUGGGAUGUGAUUCUGUCUAGGAUCUAUUUUUUACAGAAAAUAUAAAAGUGAUAUGAAUGUGA